AUGUCUCGAGUUGCGACACAUAGGCUGUUUGCAGCACCUUCUUCGGGCCUCCGCGCCGUGGUCAUUGCGCAAGCUGCGAAUCGCUCCAUUUACUUCCAGUCGCGAUAUUCAAGCUCCCUUCCUACGGUGGCCCAACUCGAUUUCUGGAAGGGCCUCAUCCCCAAGCCUUUCAGGUCCGAAGAGAAACUUACCGACGACCCCAUGAUCAAGCGAGUCAAGCCGAAGAGAAAGAAGGAAUGGAACCCGGCCACGUUCUACAUUGUCAUUUUCCUCCUGAUCGGCUCCAUGUCCAUCAACAUGCUGUCGACGAAGCAGGCGUUCGAGGCGUUCUCUCGACAGGCAGAUGUCCGCAUCAGCGUCUUGCGGGAGGUGGUUGAGAAGCUACAGAGGGGCGAGACGGUUGACGUGGAGAAGGCGCUGGGUACGGGCGACGCUCAGAAGGAGUUGGACUGGGAGGAGUUACUAAGAGAGAUUGAGCGAGAAGAUGCGUCGCGACAAAAGAAGCAGGAAAAGGCACGGCAGGCGGAGGCAGCAACAACGGCGGCGGCGAGUAGCAAAGCCGAAGCACAACCGACAGCGGCAGUGCCCGAAGCCGCAAGGCCAUCGGCGCGGGGCAUGUCGAGCUUUUUCUAG